UGCGGAGGGUGGGGCGUUGUGUCUCUCGUCGGGAGCGCGAACGAGGAAUAAGCCUCCCUCCUCCGUUUUGGGCUUGGGCCUUCCUUCUCCGAAAGCGCCGCGCCGGGCAGGCGUGGGAGUGCACAGGAGGCGCCGCCCGAGCACCGCGUCCGCCACCCGCUUCUCCCGAGCCGCAUCGCCUGCCCGCUCCAUCCGGCGACAUGUCAAGUCUGCAGCGCCCGGUGCCCGCUUCAGCCCAGGCGCAGCCCGUCUCUCUGACUGUGGAGCAAGCUAAAGUGGUCCUGGCUGAAGUGAUCAAGGCUUUUGGUUCACCAGAAAAUGCCCAGCGCAUGGAAGAGGCAAGAGACAAUGCCUGCAAUGACAUGGGCAAGAUGCUCCAAUUCUUGCUGCCUGUGGCUACUCAGAUUCAGCAGGAUGUGAUCAAAGCCUAUGGUUUCAGCAAUGAUGGGGAAGGAGUCCUAAAGUUUGCCCGAUUGAUAAAAUCUUAUGAGUCCCAGGACCCUGAAAUUGCAAGCAUGUCUGGAAAGCUAAAAUCCAUAUUCCUUCCUCCAAUGACGCUGCCUCCACACGGGGUUGGAACCGGGGGUGUGGCAGCAUCGUGAUGCAGCAAAGGCUGCUAGCUUCACCUGGCUGGAUCAUGUCCCUGUCCUUGCAGCAGUAUGGGCUACCGAACUGGGAUACAGUGAUUUCUUUCAACAUCAUGGGAAUGCCUUUUGACUUCUUUUUUUUUAAAGGUUUUUAUUAAGAUUUUUAAACUAAUACUAAAAACAU